AUGUCGUCGUCGCCGUCGAAGCCGCAGCCCGGACUAUCCGGACUCGACUCGAUAGCAUCCAAGUCUUCGCUGCAACCUUGGAUGUCCCAGCUGCCGGGGCCCUCCCAACCCUCCCUUCCUUCGCAGCCAUCCAAAUCGGCAACUGGCGAAGGCGGUGUCGACUGGGACCUCUUCGCAACAGUCCUCUCCCGAACUGCACGCGACCACGAGCGCCGCAAACGCCUAACCCCACGCAAGGGGGGAAGCCAGAGCGUCAACUCCACACCCGUCCAGCACAUCGGCAGCCAGGCGAGCGCACAACCCCCGAGGGACGAGGAAGACGACGACAUCCCCAGCGCCGACGAUAGCCAGUUUGCGACAUACACGCGCACCGAGUCCGAGUUGGGAUCAGACCAGAGCCACCCUGGUAGCAAGGGCGACGAGUUUGAGGAGCACGACACUGUAGGACACGAGCUACCUGAGAUUGACGACUCGCAGUUCGAGACGAUACGACCACGGGCUGAGGAAGGCGACGAGGAAGGCCUGCCGAGCCCGACGGACCCACAGUUCGAGGAGACAGGCCGAAGGCACUACGAGCAAGAAGACGACGAGGACGAGCUGCCCCACCCCGCGGACUCACAGUUUGAGGAGGCUGAGCGCCGCGAGGACCCCGGCUCGCAGGUCGAGGCGGCCGAGUUCCCAGACGCCGCCGACUCGCAGUUCGAACAGACCAUGCGGCCCCAAUUGCCCGGUAAAGCCUCGCAGUCCCAGCAGACUUCCGAGGACGAGGAGAAGCUUAACGCUGCUGAGUCACAGUUCGAGGCUGCACCGGAGGAGGACCCCGACUCGCUUCCCGAAGUGGCGGACUCGCAGUUCGAGCGGACCCAGCAUCCGCGCAGAGGCACUGAAGACAGCGCUGAGAUGGCUGCGGCGGAGGCGGUGUUGGGCGCGCUCAGUGCGGACGAAGGCGAGGAUGAGGGAGACACCACCGUCCAGGUGCAGAUCGAACGCAUCGAGGAGGAGGAGCGCGACGAGGAGAUUGAAGACGACGUCGAGCCAGAGCAGCCGGCCCAGGCGGCCGCUAAGCCCGACGCUUCGCCCACACCUGGCCCCUCCGCGCCCGCCGCGCCCGCACUUUCCCAGAUCAUCUCUCCCUGCGUCAGGCGGAACCGCGACGACCCCACCGCUUUCGCGCCGCCUGACGAAGCCGACCUCACGGAAGCAGAGCGGCGGGGUGAGGUGCCGGAUGUGCCUGAGCCACGAGGCAUCCUGCACGGACCGCGCCAGCGACGGCCGACCAUCACAAGAUCGCAUAAGGAAGUCGAUGUCGUGGUGAACGAACAAGAGAUGGAAAUUGACUUCGACCCUCCCUCUGAUGACUUCCACCAGCCCGAGCCACGCGACAGUGAGCUGUCUUUGGACGCCGACGAGGAACCGCGUGAUGACGAGCGACACGACAACGAGCCCGUCCUCGACGUGGACGGCGACCCUUUCGUUGACGACGCGUCCCACGAGGAGUUCAUCCGCGACACCUUCUCCACAUCGCCUCAAAUCCCCUUGCGGCCUCAGGACCCUUACCUUGUGGACGAAGACGGCCUACCCCUCCGCCCGGACAGCGACUACAUCGUUCCCCCUAACUGGGCGCCACCCAAGUCGCGGAUCCACGGCAAGAAGGCCGGCCAGACCUUCAAGUACUCGCGCCUCAACGGGCGCAGGGCGUUCUUCUCGGAGGUCGAGUCACUCCUCCUGUGGCGCACCAUCCAGAAGGUACCCAUGAGCGUCGACAACCCCGUCGACGUGGCAGCCUACUUUUACGGCGAGUUUGGUUUGCGCUCCAAGGCGCUCGCCUGGUACAACAAGCAGCACAUGCGCUCGCGACUAGUCACAAUGUGCGAGACGCGCAUGAACCGCGGGCUGCUAAUCGAGGGACGUGCACGCAUGUUCUUGCCGCCCAGGUAUGUGGUGCGGCAGAACUAUGAGGAUGACAAGGCCGCGUUCUGGGCUGCUGAACAGGAGCAGUUGGCGUUCAAGGAGGAGGAGGAAUGGGGUGAUGAGCGCGAGGAGGAGGUGGAUGAGCUUGUCGACGAGAUCAAGGAGGAGGAGGAAGACGAGCCGCCACCCAAGCGUCGGCAUCUCCAGCGCACGCCAGAGUGUCAUCCCAUCCUUGAGCGCCGGAUGCCCGUCAACCGCGCGUACGUCGAGAUACCUGUGCGCCGUCUCAGGCAACAGAACGCUGAGAGGGCGCGGUCAAUAUCAGUCCGCCUGAGAGACCCAGGCAAUGACGAUGCGCCCCGCAACGCCCCAAGUCAGUCACCUAACGCCGCGGGCCGGCGUCGUGACGCCACAAGCCGGUCACGGAGAGACACCGACGCCGAGUCUGACUCGGACGCUAUGUUACGCUACCACCGCCGCCGAGCCACCGACUUUGCCCACGUGCCACCCUUUUAUGUCCCACAACCUCCAACCUCGCCACCAUCCUCGCCUGAACCGUCGACGCCCGAGCCGCUCCGUCGCCGCCAGUCCGCGCCGGGGCGGAUGCGUAAGGCGCGCCCAAGACCUUCGCAACGCACGGUAUUCGACGAGAUCAUGGAGGAGGGAGAAGAGGAAGACGAGGAAGACGAGCUCUUGGAUCAGAGAGCGGAGGAGCAGCCAGAGGAGGUUGAGGAAGACGAGCUCAUGGAGGAAGGAGACGAGCUGCCAGAGGAGGUGGACGAGCUGCAAGACUCUGACGAGGAGCUUCCACCCGACCUCGAGUCUGAGGAGGAGUUUCGCGCGCCGCCUCCGAAGGCGGCCUCAACGAGACCUCUCGGGUCCCCUGAACCCGGCUCGUCGCCGGCCCGGAAAGGCGAAAGCGCGGCGAACCGGCGUUCGUCUAGUGCGCCUGAACCCGACUCGCACAAUAAUGCGCCCCAGGCGACGUCCCCACUUUCAGAGCAGUCGCGAACACGCUCACCUUCCCUGCGCUGCUUGACCCGCAGCACGCAGGUGACAUACAAGCGGCGCCACUACACCUACAUCCAGGCGGAGGGCGCGGCGGUGCAGGACGAAGACGGUGCUGAGGAAGAGGUCGAUGAUGAUGAGAAGGGGGCUGAUGCGGAGGAUGACGGCGAUGAGGAUGAAGAAGACGACCAGGGCCAGGGCAGGCCGCGCAUGUCAAGCCAGGCAGCCGCGUCAGUGUGGAGUGGCCGUACGCGCAGACGCGGUCCCAAGUCGGCGGCCUCGAUGGCACCAGAGGCACAGAAGGGCGCAUCCACUCGUCAGACACGUCAAACCUCCAGGACUCUUGGACUGACAAGUGGUCCCUCACGCCCCAGCGCCAAGAAUGCGCCCGCAUCACUGCAGACUCGCAAGGGCAAGGGCAAGGGCAAGGUCAACGCCAAGCAGCGUGCGGCUGCCAGCGACGAGGACGAUGAUGUGGACAUGCAGGAUGGCGAUGAAGCGCAAGAUGGAGAGGAAGCGCAAGCUGGAGAGGAAGCGCAAGAUGAAGAGGAAGCACAAGCUGGAGACGAAAAGGAGCAGGAGACGGUGGGCGAGACCCUUGCGGCAUCGCGGGCCGUGCGCCGCGAGGUCAUCAGACAGAAGGUGCUGCGCGACGAGAUGUAG